CCAAAACUAUAGUUUCCCCAAAAAUAAAGAGACGAGGCGGGAAGCUUCUCCCCCGGCGUCUCCCCUCCUCUCCUCGGUCCUCCCGUCCCGUCGACAUGGAAGGCGAAGUGGUCACCGCCGCCGCCGCCUUAUACCCAGGGGACGCCAUGUCAGCGGCUGACACAGAUCUCGGAUCGCCGGAGGAAAGGUCGCCGCCGGAGCCCCGUCUCCAGUCCGACGAGGAUGAUCGGGACCCGGAGCAGGAGCCCAACCAUGGUCAGGACGUCGAUCCCGACUCUGGAACCGCUGUUCUGACCGGUGAUGAUCUCAAACAACGCAUCAUUAAGCAGGUGGAGUAUUACUUCAGCGAUGAGAACUUGCCCACUGACAAGUACAUGCUUAAUUUAAUGAAAAAGACCAAGGAAGGGUUCGUACCCAUUGGGGUCAUUGGUUCUUUCAGGAAAAUGAAGAAGUUGUCACGAGACCAUGCUUUCAUAUCGGCUGCACUCAAGGAAUCCACAUUUCUUGUUGUUAGUCCAGACGGGAAGAAGGUGAGGCGACUAAAUCCUCUUCCAGUUGUUGAGGUCCGAGAUCAUAAGUUAUUCACUGUGUUGGUCGAGAACUUACCCGAGGAUCAUUCAGUUGAAAACCUUAAGAAAAUAUUUGGUGAAGUUGGAAAGGUAAAGAAAAUAUCCAUUCAUGACGCAAAUGCUACAGAAGAGACGAAAAAGGGCAACAGGGCACUUUAUAGAAGUAAGCUGCAUGCUCUAGUGGAAUAUGAAGCUACCGAAGCUGCUGAGAAAGCAGCAAAUACUUUGAACAAUGAAGAGGACUGGAGAAAUGGCAUGCGUGUCAAGCUUCUUAAGCGACUGGGGAAGUAUGGGCAGAGAAAAGCUUGGUCUGGAUCUGAAUCUGACAAGAAAACUGUCAGCCGUUCUCCUGAUCAUGCUGGAGAUGGGGAAAACAACUCAAAGGAGAAUCAUGAACAUCAUGAAGAAACACCUGAUGAAGAGGAUGGAGAUCAUGUUGGGAAGGAUAAGAGUGGGGAAAGAGGAAAAAACCAUGGAAAUCAUGGACGAGGAAGGAGGCACAAACAUCGGGGACUCAACGGUCAUGGCCAUGGAAACAUAGCUGCUCCCCAGGUGAUAGAGGCCUCGAAACCACCUCCUGGCCCAAAAAUGCCUGACGGGACUCGCGGUUUUGCCAUGGGGCGUGGUAGGCCGCUGAGCUCUGACCGUAGCUAGCUGUUGGAUCGAGCGAGCUAAUCUCGAUCUGUAAAAAUCCAAAGCUUGAAGCUACACAUGUUGAUGCUUUUGUUUGCGGCAUCUCAGUUUUUGUCAUUUGCAUGCCUUUAUUUGAUAUUGUCUUGUGUGCUCUUGUAGAAACCAUCAGUUUUGCAUCGUAUCAAUGACUCCAUAAGAGUGGAUAGUCUGUCUUGUAUGGCGAGUCCAAUUUCGACUUUUGUCCUGUAGUUUGUUACAUAAAAUUCGAGACUUAGCACCCAUGGAAAAAGACUAACCUAAUAAGUGAAACGUGCAGGAGGAGAACCGCGUUGAUGUAAAUAAA